GAUUAGUUCGUAAUUUGUUAACAAUUUAGAGAGAAGACUUGACGUGACGUGACUUUUUAGAUAAUUAUAGACCGAGUCACCGUCAUAUUAAUUACAAAGGUAAAAGUUUAUAGUUGACACUGAUUUUUACACAAAGAACUUGAAAUGUGAAUAUACAGCCAAUAAAACCAUUCACAAAUCACAGAAUACUAUAGUCUAUUGAUAUAGGUUCAAAAUUUUGGGCUUAGAAACCGACCGACACACAAAAAAAAUACGCCCUGCAAUAAAAAAAUACGAUGUACUUUGCAAUAACGCCGUACAACACGAAAAUAUAAAACCUCUACUUUAAUAACUAUGUUACACAGAAUAAGAAUUGAUGUUAUUACAGCGAUUAAUUGUCUAACGCCCGACCCCAAUAAUUAAUCCACAAUCUCCGAUUGAAAACAAUCUGAGAUCAGACCGUGACAGUCGAUCGAUCUCCUAUCUUAUAUCAAUCCAUCGAUUAGUUAUUGGUACACUUUUAUCAAUAUUUGGAUUAAGAUCUCUACCUCAGAUGGUGAAAAAUGGAUUGAGAUAGGUUUGGAGUGAAUGACAUUUGAUAAGUUUUAUACUGCACAACAUUAAAAACAGUACCUAGGUAUAUUUCUUAAGGUGAUUAGUGAUUUGAUGAUUUCUUAUCACCAGGCUGGGUUUUCAUAUAAUUGAAUGUAUCUUUAUAUUGUUCGUUGUUACACAAUUAUUCAUUGAAAUGGCCGCAAAUAUUUCAAAAAAUAUGAAAGCUGUUGGUCUGUUUAAGUACUUGCCAAUUUCUGAUAUAAAUAGCCUUAUCGAUUUGGAGGUAAAUGUUCCAGUUCCAAAACAAAGUGAAGUUUUGAUAGAAGUUAAAGCUACUGCUAUAAAUCCAAUUGAUACAAAAGUGCGAGCUCCAAAACCUCUAAUAGAGAAAGAACCACGAAUAUUGGGCUUUGAUGGGGCAGGCAUUAUAAGUGCAGUGGGUGAAGCAGUUAAAAAGUUUAAAGUGAAUGAUCAAGUAUUCUUUACUGCUGAUAUAAGAAGAAAUGGCACAAAUGCUCAAUUUGUUGCUUUGGAUGAAAUACAUGUUGCACAAAAACCAAAAAAUCUUUCUUUUGAAGAAGCAGCUGCCAUGCCGCUAACAUCUGUUACUGCUUAUGAAUCAUUAAUUGACAGACUAGGUAUAACAGAGAAAGACAAGGGCAAGUCAAUUUUAAUUAUAAAUAGUGGAGGUGGGGUAGGUUCUGUUGCUUGUCAGCUAGCUAAUCUGUUUGGCCUUAAAGUUAUAGGUACAGCAUCAAGGCCAGAAAGUAUGAAGUUCUCAAAAGAAAGUGGUGCACAUAUUGUACUGAAUCACUCAGAAAAUUUAGUGGAGCAACUAAAAAAAAAUAAACUAUCAGAAGUUGAUUUUAUAUUGGUUAAUUAUGAUCCUUACAAAUACUGGGACACUCUUAUGAUGCUUAUUAAACCCCAGGGCAAAAUUUGUCUAAUUGUUGACAGCAGUGGCCUGGUGGAUUUAAAGCCAUUAAAAGCUAAAAGCAUUACUCUUGUCUCAGAAAUGAUGUUUACUAGAAUUGUUUAUAAUACAGAUGAUAAGUAUAGACAUACAGAAAUAUUAGAGAAGGUUUCUAAAAUGUUAGAUAAUGGAAAACUAAAGUCAACUUUGACUAAGGUUAUUGCUCCUAUUAAUGCAGUAAACAUACGGGAGGCCCACAGACUGAUUGAAGAAAAUAAAACCAUAGGAAAAAUUGUUUUAUCAGGUUUUAAAUAAGACAUUUCAUGCAUUUUUCAAUAGUUCUACAUUUUGUUCUUGGUGCUAUUGUAAUUCAAUUGUAAUUAAAUCAUUUUAACUGGUUAAUAAAAAAAAUUAUAUGCACAAUAAA